UAUCUUUACAGCAGUAAGUUCUCGUGCUGGUGCUGGUGCUGGUGCUGGUGCUGGGUAAGUGACGACACGCGCGCCAUCGCGCCCAACUUCUGCCUUGACAGUUAUUAGCUUUGACUAAUGAGGACCCCGGACGACGGCAAUUUGGACAUCGACACUUUCAGCCUCGCGACUACGAUCCUUCAGCUUACGACAUUCGGGUUGGGUGUUCUGCUUUGGGGGCAAUCGCCGGCCACGAAUAAGUGAAGCGCAAUCGAUGGCACACAUGACGAACCCGCUGGCGACGGCCGAGCAGCUCUACAAGCGCAACUCCUUCAGCUCGCUCCCGGCCGACCUGCAGGAUGCCAUCUUCUACUCGACGCAGUGCCUGACCCAGGCGGCCGGCGUGCUGCUCGACUUGCCACAGUCGACCACGGCGCAAGCAAACGUCCUCCUGGCGCGGUACUGGCUCGUUGAGUCGCCAAUGGCGGCGGAAUUCAGCGACGUAUCCGCCGCAGCCCUCUACCUAGUUUCCAAGAUGGGACCGCUCCCGCGCACGACCCGCGACAUCUCAAAUGUGUACGCCUACCUCCUCUCGCCCGCGUCGCCCCUCUUCCGCGGCGAGCCCCCAGACCCUACGGUGCGCCGCCCGGAUCCGACGACGUACUACCAGACGGACGGCGAGUACGCCGCCUUCCAGACGCGGAUGCUGGCGGCCGAGGCGCGGAUCCUCUGGGCCCUCGGGUUCGACACGGCGGUGGCGCUGCCCCAUGCACUGGCCGUGACGUACCUUCAGGCGCUGGACUUCCUGGGGAAGCCCAAGGCCGAGAUGGCCGGCCGCGUGGUGGCACACCUGAACACGGCGCUGCUGAGCCCACAGAUGCUGUACCUCACGCACCAACCCCACGCGCUGGCGACGGCAGCAGUGUAUAUCGCGGCCAGGGAGGCUGGCGCCAAGAUGCCCGAGGUGGCCUGGUGGGAGGUGUUUGAUGUCGAGAGGGAGGAGCUCGGUUUUCUGGUUGUGGGGAUGCGGAGUCUUGAGGGCUGGGUGAGGAGCCUGAAGGAGACCGGCCUGCUGGCCGGCGGAAUGCUCACGAGAAGUGGGAUUGAGAGAGAAGCGAGGAGACGGGCCGGAGAGGGCGACGAGGAGGAUGAGAUUAUGGCGCUGAUGGACCAGAAAACGGUCUAAUCUUUGAAGCCUACGAGAGACGUUUCGUUCCCAGCCGUCGAUGACCUCGGGAUGAAUAGAAGUUUGAUACCCAAUGAAAGCACAACACGCAUAUCACAAGUGUUUGAAGCGUUGUCUGCCCCGUAAUAGGGGGCCGACACGAAUAUCUGCG